UUCCAGCGCGCGUCGAUAUUCCCGCGUUAUCUCGGCUCCUGGAAUUAACUCGAAUUAAAAAAAAAAUGAACAAUCAACUUGACGAUGAACAAAUAACAAUGUUGAGACGCGCGUUCAGCAUGUUUGAUUCGACCAAGCAAGGUCGUAUUGAGAAGGAAAAAGUUAGAACAAUUUUGAACACGAUGGUCCACAGCUUCGAUGACAACGAUUUGGACCAGAUGCUGGACAAUGAAGACGUAGAUGGUUCAGGGAAACUGAACUUUGACUCGUUUGUUCGAGUCGCAACGCACUUCCUUGAUGAAGACGACGAGGCUUUGCAGAAGGAACUUAAAGAAGCUUUCAGACUCUAUGACAAAGAAGGCAACGGCUACAUACCGACUUCAAGUCUUAGAGAGAUCCUCGCUGCAUUAGACGACCAGCUGACUCCGGACCAACUCAACGAAAUGAUUGCGGAAAUAGAUACCGACGCUUCGGGAACUGUUGACUUUGAUGAAUUCAUGGAGAUGAUGACUGGCGACUAAAAUGUAUCUCUUGUAACAAUUGUAAUACAAUUUUCUUCAAUUCAAUUUUUUUUCUAGUCAUUCUAAAUAACCUAUGAAAUUACAAUACCAUCAAUCAUUUCAAGAAUGGGUUUUUUUAUUUCUAGCUUAUUCACAAAUACACAAACUCACUUUUGCAUUUACAUUAAUAAAUCAAAUCAUAUUAUUAAGCUGCCAAAAAAUAAAAUAAUAACUCACGUUAUCUUAACCGCAUUGAUAUUCCUUAGCAAAUCACCUUAUAUAUCACUUGAGAAAUAUUAAAAAUCGACUUAAAUACCUUACUGUGAUACGCUAUUUUGACACGUAUGUCAUUUAAUUGUUAUAAUUAUUAUAGUCAAUAUGGCUUAUCACUGAUAAAAUUUUUCGUAAAGACUAGUAUUACUGAAUAAUGUUUUGAAAUUUAAUUACUUGAUUAGAAGUUUUCAUUUCAAUUAUUAAA